AUCUUUAAAGUAGAUGUUUAUUCUUAUGAGAAUGAGCAAAUUAACCUUUCCCUGGAUAUAUUCCUCAGCUAAAGAACAACGAUAAUGAACAACAAAAGUUUGGAAGGUAGAAAUAUUCGAGUCACUGUGCACAGUAGUGGUCCACAGAUCAAUAUUCUUAGGAGAUCUGCGUCACCACAAGGCGGAGGAAGAAUAAAACUAUCCUAUUUUCGACAUGGAUCAGUAUCACCACCUCGAACGACAACUGCUAAUUACAAUACAACGUCGUCACAAGUUAGAUGUAUUCGACGUCAGAAUAGUCUAGUGAUACAAAGAAAACCCACUACAAAUCAUUCUUCAUACGACAUGAAUCUUAUUAAAUGUCAACAAAAUACACAACCAACACGACUCGUAAUGGACAUACAACAUACAAGUGGAAUGACAAACGCAGGACGUCUGAAAAAUAACCAAUACGAAAGAUCAAUGCAGAAUACAGCUCUCACCCCAAAUACCAAUGGUAGUAGUAGUAUAGCAAUCAUGAUUGGCGCAUCUAACGCCUCAACAACUUCCAAUAGAAUAGUAUCAGACAACAAUAAUAAUAAUAAUAAAUGGUUAAAUCGUGACUCAUCAUCAUUAUCAAAUAGUAAUCCAGUCUCGCCAAUAGUCCGGAUUGGAGAACAAAGUUUAUAUGACCUUGGUAUAUCGGUCGAUAGAAAUUCAGUCUCUCUCUCACCUAGUCAGACUGACAAUCAAACUGCUGGACUGAAUUUCUCUGCCCUACCAAGGUUGUCUGAUGCAUCGUCAAUAAUACAACAGCCUAUUGUUCGUUGUCCUGUUUCUCCAGUUGCAAUUUCAAUUAGUGGUUCAGCUACAUUAUUUUUAACUGGAAAUAAUAGUGGUACUAUUUCGUUGUACCAAAAAUCUAGUAACAAUAAUAAUAAUAAUAAUGAACAGAUUACGCAACAAGUCUCGCCAACAAGUGUAAAUGUCCAUGUAAAUAGUCGUCGACCCCCACUGCCUCGUUUUGAAUCUACUUGUAACAAGAAAGGUGGUCAUAGUGUGGUGCGUAUUACUGCACUGCAUAAUUUACGUCCUACUAUUACUACUACUACUACCCCGGUAAAAUUUUCCCCCAGUGUGCGAAAUCGUCCAGAAUUAUUGCGGCCAUCCGGUUCCUAUGAUAACUUAUUAUGCAACGGUGCAGUACGACGUUGUAGUUUAACGGAACAAAGUUUUCAGCGUCCUAAAUUACGGUGUUUCAGUGUACUAACUACUAACACAUCCUCCUCCUCCUCUUCGAAUCCAUCUCAACGAUUUUUUCACUCAUCUUCUGAUCAUUACGUGAACGCCAUGCCCAAUGCUCAGUCUAUGGGAAUUGAAGAUAUUAUAAAACCGAAUUGUUCACCACAGGCUCGAUUGUCAACGCCCACAAUGAUUAACGAAACCUCUGAACAAGGAAGUCAGGAUUUACGAAUGUUGUUAAAUUCUCGAAGACCACGGAAUAGUGUUUCAUCUAUGCGUCAACAAAAUAUGACACCCGGUGGAAAUAAGAUUACAACGUCUAAUACGUCGGAUCAAUUGAGAAAUAUUCGUUCUAGUGUUUCUGGAAAUAAUCCAAAUUAUUUUCGAAUACAAAUCCCCAGUACACGUGCAAUAUCUCGACCUAAAGGAUUUGCUAUGACGGAUAGUCUUAAACUGUAUGAAGAGCAGAUUUUCAGUCAUUGUCAACCACAUCAACGACCACAGUCGUGGUGUUUGGAUUUUGAUCAACCCCGUGAUGAACAUAAUCCAGUGGAUGAUUCACAUUCUAGUUCCCCAGCGUCCACGGUAUCAUCAUCAUUCUCUUCCUCAUCCUCGUCUGAUACUUCCCAGUUAUUAUCAUCAUCACAUAAUCAUGCUGAUCUCAGAAGGAUCAGAAAUCCUCCUUAUUACACUCCACCUAUCCAGCCGAGGAACUCUCCACGGUAUUAUCAUCAAAUUUCUCCUAUUGUUACUUCUGCCAGUCAAUAUAUGGCAAGUGAAGCUACUACUCCUACAAGCGCUGAACCAUCUGGUUGUCGUUUGACUGAAUUUCAAAAAGAAAUUCGUUCACGAAGUAGCAGUAGCAGCAGCAGCAGUGCUAGUUCACAACAAAGAUGUCGAAAUGGUAACACUUCUGUUGCUAUGACAACCACCACUAACAGUAGUACUAGUAGUCAUCAGCAUAUGAGUACUAAUGCUGUACUAAUGAAAGCUACUGAUCAUCCCAUAAUUUCAUCGCCGAACUCUACUGCUAUUCAACAACAUUAUCAUCGUACAACACAAAAGUCUAGUCCUAAUCAUUCAGGUUCUAUGUGUUCUAAUUCUCAAUCAGAAUCGAUUCAAACCAAUUCCAGUUAUGAUACAGUUCGUCCAGUUCAUGUAUCACCAGCUAGACUUCAAUCGCACUUUUUAUUCAAUCGUUCAAAUCAAUCUAUGGAAGCCGCCAAUGUCGGCGAUGAGAAACAACAACAACACGCUAUGCAUAAUCAAUACCUUCGUCAUCAUCAUUCAUGUGAGGAUGAGAAUUCUUCACAGUCUAUUACAGAAUUUAGAAAGUUAUCAUUAAAUGAUGAACCGUCUUCAUUUGAAGGUCAUCAUAAUAAUAAUGGUAAUAUUACUCAUUUUGAGGGUCAUUCUUCUCCUUCAAGACUCACACCGUCACCGCUAGUUUUCUCUUCAUCUAUUAGUGAUCGUUCAGAUAAUAACAGCUGUUCUGCUGCUGCUACGGUGCUGCUAUACCGCCGUCUCUAUCAGACAAUCAUCGUGAGGCGGCGAUUAUUUCACCGCUUGUAA